AUGACCGUCACACGCUCGCAGACGGGCAAGACCCCUCGCAAAUCUGCCCUUCCCGAAGGCUUUGUCGAGACUCCCGGCACCAAACGCCGCUCCACUCGUAAAUCCGAGGCUGCUCCUCUCGAAGACUCACCCGACAUCGAUUACGAGAAACCCUCAAAGAGCAAUGGACACGGCAAUGGUUCAGCAAAGAACAAGGACAAGAAGCCUCGCAUCAUCGAUGGCUGGGCUGAAGGUUCGGAUCCCAAGAUCGACCUGAGCCCGACCUUUGACUUUGGUGGUUCUUUCGGUGUCACCGCCAUGAUGUUGGGCUUCCCGACGCUGAUGUGGUAUAUGUGGAUCGGUGCGGUCUACUACAAUGGAAAGAUUCCCUCCGAGCCAGGUCUCAGCUGGCCGGACUUCCUCAAACACUUGGUGAACCUCGCAUAUGUCGGAGCAUUCCCUCAUGCCAAAGCCUGGGCGAUCUACUGGGUCUUCUUCGUCGUGCAGAUGGUCCUUUACUUGUUCAUGCCAGGCGUGUACUCGAAGGGCAAACCGCUCCCGCACGAAGGCGGAAAGCAAUUGCUAUAUUACUGCAACGGUGUCACCAGCUUCUAUUUCACCAUCUUCCUCGCAGGAGUCUUGCACUUCACCGGACUCUUCAAGCUGUACACUCUCAUCGACGAGUUUGGCCCGUUGAUGAGCGUCGCCAUCAUCUCCGGUUUCCUCGUCAGCAUCGUUGCCUACGUCUCGGCCCUCGCACGUGGCGCUCAGCACCGCAUGACUGGAUACCACGUCUACGACUUCUUCAUGGGCGCCGAGUUGAACCCGCGUAUGUUCAAGUGGUUGGACUUCAAGAUGUUCUUCGAGGUCCGUCUACCAUGGUACAUUCUCUUCCUCAUCACUCUCUCUGCCGCAGCCCGGCAAUGGGAGCGAUACGGCUACGUGACUGGUGAGGUCGGUUUCCUGCUUAUGGCUCACUUCCUCUACGCCAACGCUUGCGGCAAAGGUGAAGAGAUGAUCACCAUCACAUGGGACAUGUACUACGAGAAAUGGGGUUUCAUGUUGAUCUUCUGGAACAUGGCGGGUGUGCCGCUCAGCUACUGCCACUGCACCGUGUACCUGGCCAACCACCAUCCCAGCGAAUAUGCCUGGCCGAAGCCCGUCCUCGUGUUCCUGUACGCUUCCUACCUUUUCAUGUACUGGGCCUGGGAUACCGCCAACAGCCAAAAGAACCACUUCCGUGCGCAAGAAAAGGGCUACGAUCAAGAGCGCAAGACAUUCCCUCAACUUCCAUGGCGCGCGAUCGACAACGCUGAGCACAUCAAGACCGACACUGGCGAUAGCAUCCUGGUCGAUGGAUGGUUCAAGUACGUGCGCAAGAUGCAUUACACCUGUGACAUGUAUUUCGCGCUUUGCUGGGCGUUGAUCACUGGCUUCUCGAGUCCGUACCCUUGGUUCUAUCCCGUUUUCUUCGCGGCGAUGAUCGUGCAUCGCGCUAUGCGGGAUAUCGAGAGAUGUCGGGAGAAGUAUGGUGCUAGCUGGACUGAGUAUGAGAAGAGGGUGCCGUAUUUGUUCAUUCCAGUAAGUAUUUGGUUCCCUCCUUCCCCUGGUCUUCCCAAAUUCCUUUCAAAUUCGAGGUGA